AUCCGGUUAUGUAGAUUGGUCUGUUGAGAACCGACCAUACGGCUGUCGAGAAAAAGUAUGUAAUUUAUGAUAGUUUUCUUCAUGUCCAUUUAAGUUUACUUUAGUGACUUAAACUGUUACGAAUUCGCGAGUUGAUUCAUCAAUUAGUCUUUCCUCGCGCAGUUUUUUUUCUGUCUGGCUUUUAUUAGCUUUUUCUGUUUUUUUUUCUAUGCCGCACAACUGUAACUGAUUUAAAUCUGUCGCUACAUAAACACAGCUUAUCAAAGUUGAAAUUUAUAUGUAUGUGUGUAUGUGUGCAGCUCGCAAUCCCUCUGCACAAUUAGCAAUAGUGUCGCUGACGUCAUAUUCUUACAAGUCUCACACUCAGCCAGAGUUAAACGCAGCGUAUCAAUGUGGGCACGCGCCGCCUGCAGGAACUCCACAUAUCAGCACAAUUUACAGCGAAUCGUGUAGAGCAUAAUGUUGUAAGUCACUUAGUCAUUAUUUUGCUCGCGAUCAUUUAACGCUGAGACAUCGUUAAGUAUACGUUUUCGUAUAAUUCCCCAAGAUAUUCAAGCGCAACGCAGUCUUUUCUUGCUCCCGCAGCGUCAUCACCACAGUGCACGCUUACUAGUAUGCUACGCGUAUGUAAUUUGGCUUACUAGCUAGCCCGCGCUCGGCUUUUUAGCUUCUUCGUCAUCACAUUGACACCGCUGGCGCUGGCGUUGAUGUUGCCUUCAGUUCGUUUUGGCUUGUGGCUGCGUGAAUGUGCGAUUAGCCAAGUAAUCGUCAAUUUGUUGUGCCGCUGUUCGAAACAUUUGCGGCACGGUGUUUUGCCAUUUGUACGUUGAACGCGAGAGCGUUGUUGUGUUAAUGCGCGUGCGUGUGGUGUGCUAAAACUUUUCAUUUACUAGCUAAUUGUGUGGCUAGUAAAAUUUGUGGCAAACAAAUGAAAUUGAGUAAUGGUGCUGGCAGUGUUUGUGAUUGAGACGCGCCAAACAAGUGAAAAUAUAUUAUAGCCAAAAAAAAAAAAAAAAUAAAAAUAAACAAAACAGACCUGCCAAAAAAUCAUUUGGCAAUUAGCUGUAGAUCAGUGCCAGUGCUUUGCGUGUGUUGUGUUUUUUCUUUCACUAACAGUGAAAAAGUUUGCAAAAAAAAAAACAUAAAAUUAAAAUAAACUAAAGCAUUUCGCACAUUCCGCUUGUUUUUUUUUUAAUUACUUUUUCUUAUAUAAAGUCGGUCCAGCAGCAUGUACUUUUGCUGCUGACUCAGCUGUGAUUAAGUGUGCGCGAGAUAACUCUAUUUGUUUAUAUAUUUUUCGCUCGUAUAUAAACAAAUCUAGUGUGUUACACAAACGCGUAGCGACUACAGCGUGUUUUGUAGAAACUUAAAUCAAUAUAGAGAUUACAUUUGCAAUAUUAGUCAUUUUUAAUGCGCAAAUAAAACUUAUUCUCAAAUAUAAACACAAUUAAAACGAAACAAAAUUGCCACUGUCAACAAACGUCCAACAAGAUGGCUAUACCACCACCACCGGGUCCACCGCCGCCACCAGGGCCACCACCGCCUCCGGCAAUGGGAGGUCUAAAAUUGGGUGGUGCCGGUGGCGGAGAUAUGCGUUCAGCGCUCCUACAAUCCAUACAAAAAGGCACUAAACUGAAAAAGACCACAACAGUUGAUAAAAGCGGACCAGCCCUAGCAGGAAAGAUUUUCGAAUCAACGUCAUCCGCAACGAGCUCACCGAAACGAAUACACAACAAUAAUAAUAACAACAAUAUCAGUAAUAGCAAUAACAAUAAUGUGGGCAAUGGCGCACCAAAAUUGGGUGGCCUAUUCGAAGGGCUAACCUCAAUGCCCAAACUGAAGCCAGUCAAUGGCAGUAGUCGUGCGCAAGCACCGGCAAUCCCAACGGCUACCAAUAACGACUCGUCCGCAGCGAGUAGACGCAACGACACAUCGCCACCGGCGAAUGCCAACAGCGGUAAUAACGGCAGCAGUAAUGGUCCAUUAGAUUUCAAUGCUGAACUAACAAAGCAUUUGACACUGAAGCGGCAAAAGCAACAGCAACUGCAGCAGCCCGUCAAUGCAACAGAGGCGAAUUUACGCACAAAUCGUGGACCACCGCCGCAGCCGCCAUCGACGCCACCGAAAAAUCUAUCAACGCAGAGCGCCUCCGACUCGGUGUUGGAGAAAACGAGAGGUAUCAAUGCGUCGUCAGCUGGUAUACGCGCUAGUCCGUUGGCGGCAAAUCACAACAAUAGCAAAGCAUCAUCGCCUACGCUUUCGGAAAGCAGCAAUGGCAGCAACAAAAUCUCUGGUGGUGGCAGCAGCAAUAGUAUCAAAAGUAAAGCGGCUAGCUUGAAUUUAACAUUAGGCAAAACAAAUUCAAAUGUUGUAAAUAAUAAAAGUAGUAUGUUUAAUGCAAACUCUUCUUCAACAACAACAACAACUACAACGACCUCGUACAAUUAUAAUUCAAUCAACAACACAACUACCACAACAACAACAAACAAAACAACAAACAAUUUAAACUACAAAAGCAGUCUGAACAAUACACUGUCCAAAGCAACACAAUUCCAACAACAGCACCAGCAGCAAACCUCACCAGCACCCAGCCGUGGCAAUAUCCUACCGAACAAGUCAUCAUUAUUCGGCACGAAUGGCAUAAGCAGCGCUGCUGGCCCCACUGCAACGGGUAGUAACAAUUCGCUCGCCACCGCCACCGUAACGUCAACGACGACGACGCCGACUAAUAAGUCGCCGACGCCAAGUAUGAAACCGGUGCCGAAUCAUGGCAAACCGAAUUUUGCGCCCAAACCGCCAGGAUUACAGCAAUUGGCGUUGGCGAGCAGUCAACGUACGACCGUGUCGCGCCAUCAUAGCAUGAAGUCACCAAGAUCACCGCCAAUUGCAGCAUCAGGUGCGCCCAUAUUCCCCACACAGCAACACUUCGGCACAAUGCGCGCACCACUCGCGCAACUGUAUCAGUCGCAAGAAGCAAUUAACAGCAGCGGCAUGCGUCCAGCACCAAAUCCACCAAUUGGUCGCCCAACAGUGGCACCACCGAAACCGCCAUCAGUCAAACCACCGCCACCGCCAACACCGGCGCGCAGCGUCUCCAAUUCCAAUCUAAAUAGUAUUGUGGGGGGAGGCCAAAGUGCCGCUGCCAAUGGCAAUGCGGCUAUACCUUAUAGCGCUGUGAACACAACACUCAUCUCUUCCGCAAGCAAUAAUUACUCAUCGCCCACCACAACGCAACCACCUUCCAAUUCUUCUUCCACCAGCAGUGUGUCGGCGUUACGUGAUCAAUUUCGCAGCACAACAAAUGCAACACCACCACCACCACUGCCGCCAACUUCAAGCGCUGCGGCCAAUAUGAAGUCGUCCAGCAGUGGCAGCGUUCAAGGCAGUCCCGGUAGUCCCGGUAGCAGGCAAACGUCAAGUCGAGAAAAACCCAUAAAACCAAUAAUAUUGAAUGGUGGUCCACUGAAUGCGCCACCACUGCCACCGCAUCGAACGGUACAAGCGCCACCGCCGCCGCUACGUCAAACAAGUAGUACUGGCAAUAGCGUGGCACCAGUGCCGCCACAACGACACUCUUCCAUACGCGCCAACGCACCUGUAACACCGCCAACAGCCAACAACAACAAUAUGCCCAUAUUCGGCAACAACGCUGGCAAUCUAGCGCACGCCAAUUCAGUCAGCCGUUUGAUCACCGAUUUGGAAUCCCGUUUCGUCUUCCACAAUGUUACCGAAUUUCCAAAACCGCCACCAUUUCUAAAUAUUCCAAAAGUCUAUACGGCCAAAGCGAACGCGCCACUUCCAGGAAAUAACAUUAACAACAACAACAAUAAUGCUGAUGGGCAAAGCACUAACACUGCAACACCAACAACCACAGAUUCAACAUCAACAGCGCUGGCUAGCGGUGUAGCACGCAAACAGCCGGCACAACCGUUAUUCCCGUUGGGUGUGAAGAAGCAUCGCGCACCCGCACCACCACCGCAAGCCGGUGUGGCCGCGGCAACGGUAUCUGUGAUAAGACAAUCAAGUUUCCUUUAUGGCAGCGCCGGUGUGGGUGGUGCCGUAGCACAGCAACAACAAGCACAGCAAUGGUAAAUAUCACAGCGUUAUGUGUUGUGGAGGAGAGCGGCGUGGAAUGGUAUAGUGAAAACAUAUUUUUAGCAAGAUUAAUAUAAAUAACAUAACUAAAAAUAGGCAUAAUUAAAUGAAUCAAUAUUUAGUAUUUAAUAUAUGUUAUAUUGAAAAUUGUAUGAGUAUGUAUGUGUGGUUGAAUUUGUAGUUUAACAUGCAUAAAAAUGUGCAAAAAUUCUCAAAAGCAAUUUCGUGUGUAUUAACACUGUACAGGGAUUCAGCGGAACACCUGUCUGUUAACGUAGUAAAUUUCUUAAGCGAAGUUGUUGUAAUAUGUAAUGUAAUCCUUUAGUAGAUUUGUGAAAAAAUACACAUAAAAGCAGGGUUGCGUAUUUUUUAAUUAAAAAAUUUUGAAUCAAAAAUUAAAAACUUAAUUUAAUUAAUUAUUAAUUUUAAUUUAAUUAAUUUUGGAAUUAAAAAUUUUAAAUAUGGAGAUUAGAAAUUAUAAAUGUAAAAAUAAAAAAUUUAAUUUUUAAUCCAAAAUGUUGGGUUAAAAAUUGAGAAUUUUAAUUUUAAUUGAAAAUUUUAGCUUUAAUUGAAAAAUCGUAAUUAAAUAAAAUAGAAAAAUAAAUAAAAUAAAUAAAUAAAUAAAUACCUUUUAAACUCAAAAUCAGAAUUAAAAAUUGAAUAUUUAAUUUUGGUUUUUUUCCUAUUUUUUUUUUUUUGAGAAUUUAAUUAUUUAAUUCCAAAAUCGUUUUGAAUGUAUAAGUUUGUCAAAUACUGCUCCAAAGUAUUAAAUAUGCUGGCUCUGUGCCAGCUGUAGUACAAUCUGUUAUUUGCGAUUAGUAAUAAAAAAAACACGAAUUAAGCAAGCGCGAAAAAAUUUAAAUUCAAAAACAAUGUUUUCUUUUAAGUUUUAAUUAUAAUUUAUUUGACAUAUAUUUUUUAAUACGGUAUUUGAAAUUGAAUUUUUUUCAAACCGCUAUAUUGUAUAGAAUUUCUUUUUGGAUUCGGUUUUUGGAAUAACAAGUUUUUUUUUAAUUUUCAAUCGUAUUUGAGAUUAGUAAUAAUUAAAAACACGAAUUAAGCAAGCGCGAAAAAUUUAUGUAUUGUACAUACGUAUAUUAAAAAAAAUUUUUUUUUUGUAAUUUUUAAUUAUAAACUUGGGAUACAUUUUUUUCUGUCCAGUAUUUAGCAUUAAUUUUUUAUUUUAUUUUAUUUAAUUUUUUUUUUACUUAAUAUUUUCGGGAAGACAAAAAUAAAAUUUUUAUUGUAUUUAAAUAUUAAAUCAAUUAAUUUUUUAUUUUUUUUUUAUUUGCAACCCGGCAUGUAUUUUGAAAAAUUUGGCGACAACCAGAAGCAAAUCGCGACUUUACUUACGCUUAAAAGCGUUAAUCGCCGCCUCAUAUAUUAUAUAUAAUAUUUAUAAUAAUUAAUUAAACUAUCAUAUUCCAAUACAUAUAAAGACUUUCUUUUACACAUAAUGCCUUCAUAUUUGUAUUGAAAUGAAUAUUGUAUAAUUAAACAAAAUUACAACUAACGAUUUAGAGAAUUAUAUAUCUAUUAUAAUUAAAUAUUAAAUUAAAAUUGGUAGACGAAUGUUACAAAAACAUUAAAAUAAAAGUUUGAAUCAUUCACAGCAUUUAUCCAGUAAACUAAUUAUAAAAAAAAAAACUAAUAUUUGUAAAAAAAAAAUAUAAAAAAUAAAUUUUGUAAAUAAAACACAGUCAUUAGCGUUGUUAAACAUAAAAUAAAUAAAUAAUAGCAAUAACAAUAUAAAAAGCCCAAUUCAGCAUUAAAACAAUUUAAAUAAAGUAGCCAAUAUUUCACAAGAAAUGACGAACGCACUAACUGAUAUUACUGGUAUUUUUGAAAAUAGACUGCAAGGCACUUGUUGGUGUUGAAAUAUCUAAGUAUUAAUAGUUACAUACAAUUAUCACAUAACUAUUGAGGCAAAACAUAUAUGUACAUACAUACAUACUAUAUAUGUGUAUGUAUAUAAAUAUUAUAAAUAUAUGAUACAUUUCAAACGAUUAUUAAGCAUUUUGAAAUGUUAUCGAAACCAUUUGACUGUUCGAACUUCAAAAUAACUCAAAUAAUAGGACAUCUGUAUGUAUGUAAGUAUAUAUUUAAUUUUAAUAUACUUGUAGCGCGUACAUUCUUUGACUUGGGUGAUUUCAAACUGUUAUGUUGUGCUGUUGACAAAUUUCUAUAUCAUGGGUAUACAAAUUAAAAAAAAAA